AUGAUGUUGUCUGGUGCUCCUUUGCUGGCAAAAUGGCUUGGCCAGCUGAGCGUCUAUGUAAUUGUACGGCUGAAUUGUCGCUCACGAGUCGAAGUUGGAGAUGCUGACCGCCGCACUAAUCCAAACAAGGACAGCCGCCGCACUAAUUCAAACAAGGACAGCCGCCGCACUAAUCCAAACAAGGACAGACGCCGCACUAAUCCAAACAAGGACAGCCGCCGCACUAAUUCAAACAAGGACAGCCGCCGCACUAAUCCAAACAAGGACAGCCAGUCUGUUGGCGCAACUGAGACCUGGGAGGACAUAACCUCGGAUGAAGUCGGCUGGGGACUUUUGCUUGGCAUCGCAGUCCAUGAACCGCUGCCAGCAGUGCAUAAGCUACCCUUUUGUAAAGCUUUGUCGAUACUGCAGCUCGCUGCAUCUCCUUGGUCAUUAUGGAAGUAG